AUGAAACGCCUAUUGCGACACUGCACGGCACUGUCAACUGCAUCCAACACCUACACCUAUGCUGUCAUCGGCAGGCUGAUGAAGCUACGGUUUUGUUUGGUUGUUGAAGGACCGCAUCAUUCCAGAUGCCAAUGGAAGGCGAGAAUGACCAUUCCCAGCGCCGUGAUGUUGUCGUUUGGGUUGUCCCUGUAUUGGUCCCCUGGAGUGUAUCUCAUCAUCCCCGCCAAUCAAGUCUCUCCUGUACGGGCCUUCGUUGCCACUGUGAUGCACACUUGGGGGGUUGUCCUGAUGAUGUGCGCAGAUAAACAAAAGUACUUUGUGCUGCAAUUGAAGAAGGCGGUGAUUGAGGAUGGUUGGGUAGCAUGGUGCAGAAAUACCAACUAUUUGGGCGAAAUCCUUGUGUACACGGCCUACGCCAUACUGUCGCAGCAUUGGUUUCCCUGGGUCGUGAACGUGUUCAGUUGGACCAUUGUCUUUGCAUCCAGCAUUGCCGAGAAGGAUCUAUCCUUUCGAAGAAAGGUGGGAGGGGAAGAAUACGUUGAAAAAGCCGGGCUGCUUCUCCCGAAUGUAGCAGGGUGGGCAUGGGAUGCCUUUUUGGCUCCUCAGAAUUGGAAGAAAGUAUCUUGACUGCCUCUUCAAGACAGAAGAAGACAAGCAAUCGGGCAUGGUGUCAGAAAUUCUACGUAACUUUCACCAGUGACAAGUGAGAUGCCAAUUCCGUGAAUAGCUGGUUAGGGCUGUUGCGGUAUCAUCUGCAGCAAAGCUCUACAUGUACGCAUCCCAAAUGAAAGAGAUGUGCUUUGUGCUGGUCCCACGGUACCGGUAGAGUGGACUGACGGUGUUGCUUAGGUCGAGGUAUUGUUCCUGGAGUGGACCGGGAUAGAUAGCUGACUAUCAGUGCCUUUGCAUAGUUGGAUCGUUGGAUCUACUUUCAUUACAGCACCAGCACCGUACCGGUACAGAAGUGAGCGCGAAGCUGAUCUGUCGCAAAUUGACAUUCGUGCUUGGGGAGGCGAGGUACUAGUAGAUCGUAGCGUUGGAUAACAGAUGCGAACGUCCCUUCUCAUGCACGUACCGGUAUGCCUCUCACAGCUCUGCUGCCUUUAAUCACGCAUCCAAGUCGGUGCCGGUACGACUGUACUAGCUAGACUAG